UAUUGGCUUUCUCGGUAGUGUGACGUGCGAUCUCGAGCACUUUUUGUGAAAAAUCUUGCAAAAUCAUUGUUUAAAAGUACAGAAAUUUUAUAGAAAAACGUCCCAACUAUCGUUGAAGUAUCAUCGUUACUAAUUUUAUCACAUAAUUUUAACACAAAACCUCGUGAAAACCCCUUCCGACGAAAAAAACGUGGUGUGAUCCGAGCUACGACACAGACGCCCGUACACAAGAAGGCACAAAGAAGGAACGUUUCACGUGUGCUGGAACGAGAAAUUACGAUUUUUUUUAACCUCAAAAGGAAGGAAUGGUCAACAUCAGUCUCAAACUAGAGAACACAACUUGCGAUAUUUCGAGGAAAAAUAUCUUGAGAAGUGAUUCUUGCGACGCGAUCAAGAACAUGGGGCAGCAGCAUGGUCAUUUGUUGCACGAAGUGCACCAAGGCAUGAACGACGUGACGGACGCCUUGCAGCAGACAAAGUUCAAGCGUUACACGAAAGAGUACAUUUUGUCGCUACGAAAUGCCCCGAAAUCCAAGGAGAAACCUGCCUGUGCCGAUGAUCGCCCAUUCUGGCUUAAUGGGAAAACUGUGGCACCGCGUCAGAAGAAAAUCGAUCGAGCAGGUCGCAUUGGCAGUGGGCGUCUCAGUGGCGGUUCCGACAAAUUCAAUCCGCCUCCAGCAAUCCAAGUGCAGCAAUAUCAGGACCCGCCGUAUCAUCAAAACAACAACAACUAUUAUCGCGAGAAGACGGGACGCGAAUUUUGUGACAACAUGAAUAACAACAACAAUGCCAAGAACGAUGGGGAGUUCAAAGUUUCGUUCUUCAAUCCGGUAAAUCGCGACCAUAGACGCUUGUUGCGCGAAAAAAGCGAGGAAAAUCUCCCGGAAUGGGUGAAUGCGGGUCCCAAAUCCCGCUUUGACACAAUUGACUUGCAUGGAUUUUAUGACGAUAAGGGAAGUAGACAUGAGUCAUCGUCGUCGACAAUGUCAAAAAGCUCCGAAAAUGCAGCGGAGAACAAGGAAAACCGUUCCGGCAGCAGCAGAGGCUUCAGUUUUGAUGAGUUUUUGGGAUCGCAGAUGAAUGGCGGCACCGAAUACGGUUCUGACUACUACCAUCAUAAUAAUCAACGUUAUCAACAGCAACAUGGUCAGGCAUCCCGAUUCAAGCGUUAUUUCAACUCGAACAACAAGAAUCGCGACUAUCAUUUCGCCAAUCAUCCGCAAAAUCAUCAACAAGCACCUCCCGGGUUCCCGCCGAUCCAGCAAAACUUCAAUAGUCGCAAUUUCCAGCCAAAAUUCGAUUCGAACAACAACGAGGCGGCGUCAAAACUUCUCGAACUGCUCCAUCGUCAAACGGCAUUCGACCAAUUCAAGCAACAAUCGUUCAAUUUCGGCGGGAAAAGCAACGCGAUGCCUUCCGCUGCGGAACUGGAGUCUAUUUGGCGUCACGGAAACGCCGAGCGACAACGUCAAUUCGAACAUAACAAGGCAAUGCUCGCUGGAAAGAGCAUCGUUGAUGUCAUUGAUGUCCUUACGCAGUCGCAACUUCGGGCAAACGCCAUGCCCUUCAACGGGGCGCAACAAAAUUAUCAGCAACAACAGUCCUCGAUGUGGAAUCAGUUCAACGGCAACAAUCAACAUGGGUCGCAAUUCAUGAAAUCCAACAACCAGAUGAACAAAUUCCAGAUGGCACGUGUUCUCGAGCGACAAAUGAUGGUUCAAGGUCAAAAUCCGAUGUACGGCGGCUUGACACCGCAAGACCCGGAGUACUGGGACAAGAUUCGUCAGCAACAACAAGCGUUUUAUCAGCAAUACGAACGAAAUGCUGCGACGCGUCAAGUUAAAGCUAAAUUUCCGGGACAGGCAGCGAGCGGGGGACGUCGCGUAAAAUUCGAUGACAAGCAAAAAGUGGAGAAUUUCUUCAAGAGUCACCAAAAUAUGGGAGAUUUACCGCAAAUUGAUCACGAAAAGGCCAUCAAGGUGGAGGAAUUUGAGCGGAAAAUUAAACAAGUUGCUGCUUCGUGCAAACAACAAGAGCUCAAGUAGCAACGGAAGACCUUCGAUAGGGACCUUCUUUCAUUUUUUCAUUGAAAAAUUUCAAUGUUUUUUCCAUUUUUCAAUUUUUUUUAAAGUUAGUUUGAUUAAUCUUAAAGAUUUAGUAUAAAAAAAUAUUUUUUACGUCCUUUUUCCUUGAUCAUUUUCAGAACGCGUAUUAGCAUGUAAGAUUACUUUACUAAAAAUUUAAUUUUUCGUUAACAAAAAAAAAAAUAUUUUUCCAUUUAAAUUCAAAAGACGCGACGACGUAAACACAUUUUCGAUACAAAUCCAGGAGAAUCCAAUUUAUUUUGAGAGAGAAAACAUGUUUUUGUGUUGAAAGUUAAAAUAGAAUUAAGGAAAAUGAAGUAAAUUUAUCUGUUAUUUGAAUAUUA